GGUUGAAAUUGUAUACAUUCACUGGAGGCUUAAAGAGUGAGGGGGGCUUGAAUUUCCUGCGUGGAAAAUCAGAUUAGAGACUGCGAUAUCCUCAAACUUGGCGCAUUUGGGUUUUCUUCCUGGUGGAAGUAAUUCGUGAAGCCUCUUCCCUUCACACCGGUGCAGGAGAAAGAUGGAGCGCAGCGUGAAGCUAGGGAGCAGGACCCUGUGGAGGCAAGUACUCUUUCCCUUCUUGCUGCCUUUGUUCUGCACGGGGCUUGCAGAGCAAGUCCGCUACUCUAUUCCGGAAGAAAUGGCCAUGGGUUCGGUCGUGGGAAACCUCGCUGAGGACCUGGGGCUGCCUGUUCAGGACUUACUGAUUCGCAAUCUUAGAGUUAUCUCGGAGAAACCGUAUCUUACUGUGAACCCCGAGAACGGGAACAUAGUUGUGAGCGACAAAAUAGAUCGAGAGUUACUCUGCUUCCAAAGCCCUCUGUGUGUCCUGCCCUUAGAGAUUGUGGCAGAAAAUCCCCUAAACGUUUUUCACGUCAGUGUAGUGAUAGAAGAUAUAAAUGAUAACCCUCCCCGUUUCCUCCAAAAUAGGAUUGUUUUGCAAAUCAAUGAAUUUGCAAUUCCAGGCACUAGGUUUGGCCUGGAGUCUGCCAUAGACGCAGAUGUAGGACCGAACUCUCUCCAGAGUUACCAGCUCAGUUUGAAUGAGCACUUCUCUCUGGUGGUGAAGGACAAGACUGAAGGAAAGGAUGCCCCAGAAUUAGUGUUGGAGAAACCUCUGGACAGGGAAAAGCAGAGCUCCCAGCUCUUGGUCCUAACAGCAGUGGAUGGGGGAGAACCAGUCCUAACUGGUACUGCUCAGAUUCAAAUCGAAGUCACUGAUGCCAAUGAUAACCCCCCAGUGUUCAGCCAAAGUACAUACAAAGUCAGUCUUCGAGAGAACAUGCCCUCAGGCACCUCUGUGCUAACAGUGAUGGCUACUGACCCGGAUGAGGGUGUCAAUGCAGAAAUCACCUACUCCUUCAAAUCACUAGGAGAAGAUAUUAGAAGUAAGUUUAUCCUAGAUCAUCAAAGUGGAGAAAUUAAAUCCAAAGGCCCUAUAGACUUUGAGGCCAGGAGGACUUACACCAUGAACAUAGAGGCCAAGGAUGGUGGCGGCAUGGCCACAGAAUGUAAAGUUGUAAUAGAAAUUCUCGAUGAGAACGACAAUGCCCCAGAAGUGGUUUUUACCUCUGUGUCCAAUUCUAUAACCGAAGAUGCAGAACCGGGGACAGUGGUGGCUCUGUUCAAAACAUACGAUAAAGAUGCAGAAGAAAAUGGAAGAGUGAGUUGCUUCGUAAAAGAAACAGUUCCUUUUAGAAUUGAGUCGUCUGCCAGCAAUUACUAUAAGCUUGUAACAGAUGGGAUCCUGGACCGGGAGCAGACUCCAGAGUACAAUGUCACCAUCGUCGCCACUGAUAAAGGCAAGCCCUCUCUCUCUUCCAGCACAAGUGUUACCCUGCAUGUUGGGGAUGUCAAUGACAAUGCUCCAGUUUUCCACCAGGCCUCCUAUUUGAUCCAAGUAGCUGAAAAUAACCCUCCGGGAGCUUCCAUUGCUCAGGUCAGCGCCUCCGACCCGGAUUUGGGAUCCAAUGGUCUCAUCUCCUACUCCAUCAUAGCCAGCGACCUUGAACCUAAAUCACUGUGGUCCUAUGUGUCUGUGAACCGGGACAGUGGGGUGGUGUUCGCGCAGCGCGCCUUCGACCACGAGCAGCUGCGCUCCUUCCAGCUGACACUGCAGGCGCGCGACCAGGGAUCGCCCGCGCUCAGCGCCAACGUGAGCAUGCGCGUGCUGGUGGGCGACCGCAAUGACAACGCGCCACGCGUGCUGUAUCCCGCUCUCGAGCCGGACGGCUCUGCGCUCUUCGACAUGGUGCCUCGCGCUGCCGAGCCCGGAUACUUGGUCACGAAGGUGGUGGCUGUGGACGCAGACUCAGGACACAAUGCCUGGCUGUCUUACCACGUGCUACAGGCCAGCGAUCCCGGGCUCUUCAGCUUGGGGCUGCGCACAGGCGAGGUCCGCACAGCCCGUGCCCUGGGAGACAGGGACUCAGCGCGACAGCGCCUACUGGUCGCUGUGCGUGAUGGUGGACAGCCGCCCCUCUCGGCUACAGCCACGCUGCACCUGAUCUUCGCUGACAGCCUGCAGGAGGUCCUCCCAGAACUCAGAGAUGAGCCUUUGCCGUCUGACCCCCAGAAUGAGCUUCAGUUUUACCUGGUGGUGGCCUUGGCCUUAGUCUCAGUGCUCUUUCUUUUCGUUGUGAUUCUGGCAAUCGCCCUUCGCCUUCGGCAGUCCCAGGGUCCUGCUGUCUCGGGCUGUUUUCAGUCAGGCCUUUGCUGUAAGACGAGACCAGGGGUUUCUCUCAACUACAGCGAGGGGACUCUUCCUUAUUCCUACAAUCUCUACGUUGCCUCCAAUUGUCAAAAAAUGUCUCAAUUUCUUACCUUGACGCCAGAAAUGGCCCCUCCGCGAGAUCUUUGUAUGGAAGCUUCCGUGCCAGUGAGUGUCACUGAGGAGAAUAACAAGAUAGUCUCUGAUUCUAUUGCUUCUAACCACCAAGCCCCGCCCAACACUGACUGGCGUUUCUCUCAAGCCCAGAGACCCGGCACGAGCGGAUCCCAAAAUGGGGAUGAAACCGGCACCUGGCCCAACAACCAGUUCGAUACAGAGAUGCUGCAAGCCAUGAUCUUGGCCUCUGCCAGUGAAGCCGCUGAUGGGAGCUCCACUCUGGGAGGGGGCACUGGCACUAUGGGUUUGAGCGCUCGAUAUGGACCCCAGUUUACCCUGCAGCACGUGCCUGACUACCGCCAGAACGUGUACAUCCCUGGCAGCAAUGCCACACUGACCAACGCAGCUGGCAAACGAGAUGGCAAGGCUCCGGCAGGCGGCAAUGGCAACAAGAAGAAGUCGGGCAAGAAAGAGAAGAAGUAAUAUGGAGGCCAGGCCUUGAGCCACAGGGCAGCCUCCCUCCCCAGCCAGUCCAGCUUGUCCUUACUUGUACCCAGGCCUCAGAAUUUCAGGGCUCACCCCAGGAUUCUGGUAGGAGCCACAGCCAGGCCAUGCUCCCCGUUGGGAAACAGAAACAAGUGCCCAAGCCAACACCCCCUCUUUGUACCCUAGGGGGGUUGAAUAUGCAAAGAGAGUUCUGCUGGGACCCCCUAUCCAAUCAGUGAUUGUACCCACAUAGGUAGCAGGGUUAGUGUGGAUACACACACACACACACACACACACACACACACACACACAAACACCAUGCCACACUCCCCUAGUUACAGCUGAACUCCCCAUCUUCCAACCCAGUCAGGCUCAUUCAUCUCCAGCCUCCCUCUCCCCACCCCACCCUUUCAGUCAACACCCUCUCUUUGAGCCAGGUAGUUGGGCUGUUGGGGUGACAGGUGAGCUAAGGGGGCUCCUAGUUCUGAACAGGUGGGAGAGUAUUACAAUCCUUUGGCCUCUCCUUCAGUUCAGCUGUCCCCCAAAGCAUGGUUUGGUACCAGUCUUCUCAUUUCCUCCUAGAGCCUGAGACCAAUGCUUAAGUUUUGGGGAACAGUCACCAUGCCCCUGGUACUGAUGAUGCUUGCUGGAUUUUUGGGAAGGCAUUUUGCUACUAAGCCUCUUUUCAAUGCCUGGGGACUACCAGUCUUCUGUUCUCCAUUGUUUGAUGUUCCCACUGCAUGCUGUGACUUCCUACUCCUCAAAGAAGAGACUCCUUUGCAUGUCUGGAGACAGUAGGGGGUGGUAAACUAAAGGGAAGCUGAGUGUAUACUGCUGGGAGUGGGGGCAGUGGACAAAACAGCCUGUUAAUAGGGUCUUGCAAGGGGCUCUGUACGUACCCAGGGUACUGGCUCAAUCCUCAAAUUCUAGCCAUAGACAAACAUCAGGCCAGACCCCUCCCUCCUGGUUCAGCCUGGGCAGCUUGGGCUGAGCCACCAGGACCAAUGGAUUUAAGCUGACAUUUCAGUCCAAGAAGACUUCUAAGUGAGUUUAAGACCAGAGAGGAAAGAGGGGCCUCUGUGGGUGCUGGGUACUCCAGAGGUGCCCUUGGUGGGAGGGUCAGUGGUCCUAGCAGGAAGGGAGCCCAGCAAGGUCAUUCUUGGACCCUGGGUCUAGUCCGGUAGCUAGAACAAGGGACCAAGUGGCUAUAAAGUCUCAGCCAAUGAUGAGGCUUUUCCCCUGGGCCUCUGGGCCCCUGUAUUCCUCAAGCCCCUGGCCUCCACCUUACCAGGUGCCAUUUCUCAGAAGGCCACUGCCCAGGCCCCCAGGCCGCCCCCUCGUGGCCACAGACCGGUUAAAGCCCCCCAGUGCCUCCUUGUGCAUAGAACUUCCUCUGCCCGAGCCCUUACAGUAGUGUAGAAGCCCCCUUCCUCCUCCCGCUGGUGUAGAAUAGCCAAUAGUAUAGUGUGGUGUGCUUUUACGUGAUGGCGAGUGGGCAGCGGGCGGUGGGCUGUGCGCAGCCGUCUGUCCUUUGAAUCUCAAUCUGCCUGCGCGGCCAGUGCUGUGUUUUGUGCUGUGUCCACACGCUGCGGCGACCCCUCCCUGUACUGACUUCUCUAUAAAAGCUUCUCUUCGCAUAGUCACGUAGCUCCUGCCCAUCCCCCUUCCGAUAUCUCUCGCAAGUUUUAUACUCUAAUAUUUAUAUGGCUUUUUUCUUCGAAAAUUAAAAAUAAAAAAUGGUUUCUUCUG